AUGACAACUGAUGGCGGAGGCUGGACCACCUUUCAAAGGCGCAUGGAUGGCUCUGUAGACUUUUAUGUCGCCUGGGAAUCGUCCAAAAAAGGCUUUAGAAAUCUGGAGGGCGAGUUUUGGCUCGGAAACGAUUAUCUUCACCGUCUGACUGCAUCUGCUAACAUGGUGUUUCGAAUCGAUAUGGAGUAUUACGAAGGUCAUCGAAGAUUUGCCGAGUACACGACUUUCUCCGUGGCCGACGAAAGCGAUAAUUAUCGGGUGACAAUCGAUGGAUACCGAGGCACCGCAGGUGACUCAUUAGCUUCAACUCAGCCCAUCAGGUAUGUGGCUGGCAAUUCGUUUACCGAUGUUAGAAGAAUGAAAAUUGACAUUGAGAAAUUUAUCAGUGGAGCGCUUCUGCUCAAGAAUGCGUGACUUACCGUUCACUUGACGAAGUUGAAGAUCCUUAAACUUAACUUUAUAAACUUCUCCUUUGCCUCAUGUUUUAGGAACAACUUCAUGUAUAUUAUUGACCAUAACUGCCCUUUUUAAAUUGGUCAUUGACAUUGACAUUGCUCCUUGCAGCAUGAUUUACUUUUUGUGGACUGCUUUGUGCACAGAUUUCCAUGUUUUUCUUCUUCACUUUCCUUCUCAUGCCUUCAGAAACAUUGCUACCCACCCAGCUUCUUGUCAUUUUUUCACGAAGUUGUUGUUGUUUUUCUUUUUUCCAAUUUAGAAAUAUGAACUUUACAACCAGAGACAGAGACAAUGACGCUAGUGACGUUGGAAACUGUGCAGAGUAUUUUAGAGGUGGCUGGUGGUAUAAUAGCUGCCACAGGGCAAAUCCAAAUGGCUUGUACCAAGGCGGAAGUCACGCACAAGGAUUUACUUGGAUCUCAUUUCGAGGACUAGAUUACUCGCUUAAGCGCACUGAGAUCAAACUUCGACCAGAAUGA